GUGCAGUGUAGUGUGGUGCGAGCAGAGCGAUGGAGGCGGCUGCUACUCUCUCCCUCUUCUUCUUCUUCGCGACCGGUGUCUGGAGCCAGAUGGAAGAAGAAAAGAAGCCGACCUAUCUGACGGCCGCAGUGGGAGACUCAGUGGUUUUCAACUGCCCUUUGGACUUCCCUCACGACGUCGCCAUCCCAUAUGUUUUGCGGUGGAACAAGGAGCACCAGACAGUCUUCUCCAGUAAUGACGGCGUGUUGUCGGCGACGGACGGCUACGAACAGCGAGUCAGCCUGGUUCCUGCGGGUCUACCCAUGGGCAAGGGUUCCAUCAACCUGACGGCUAUCCGCGAGACGGACGCGGGCUGGUACGAGUGUCGUAUCUACUUCCCCAACCGCACCCCCAGCACACGGCCCAAUGGCACCUGGUUCCACCUGGCAGUCGAUGGUGGGAACCUGCUGACAGUGCCGCCCACGAACCAGACCAUCAUGGAGGGCAAGGCUGUGGAGCUGACUUGUGUUACCAAGGAGGCAGACUCUGUCAUCAGUUGGUACAAGGAUGGUGUGAUUCUCUCCGAGUUGCCGGACCUGCUGUCCCGAUCAUGGAUAGCGCCUGAAGGCUCUCUCACCAUCAGACAGGCCAGCAUGGACGACCUGGGCUCAUUUACCUGUGAGGUUGUCAACCAGAAGGGAGAGAAACAAGCUGCUAGCUCAUUUCUCAACGUUACGUAUCCAGCCAAGAUAGUCUACUCUCCUCGAGAGAUAUUCCUCCCCUACGGUAGACCGACACUUCUGGAUUGUCACUUCAGAGCAAAUCCCCCACUCAUCACUCUCCGCUGGGAGAAAGAUGGCUUCCUCUUCGACCCACUUAAUGUUCAAGGGGUCUUCUACAGGAAGAAUGGAUCACUGUUUUUUGAAAGGGUAGAUGAGUCACACUCCGGGGAGUACACAUGUACACCAUUCAACUCUCUGGGCACAGAAGGUCCAUCACCCCCCAUCCACGUGGUGGUCCAGCGACCCCCUGUGUUCACAGUCACCCCCCAGAACCUCUACCUGCGUAAGGUUGGAGACAGCAUAGAGAUCCCCUGCGAUGCUCUCGAUGGUGACGGAACCCACAGACCCACCAUUGUCUGGUUUAAGAAGGACGGCACGCCGCUGCCUGCUGGUCGAGCUGUAGUGACUGGGGGUAACCUGACUCUCAGCAACAUACACGAGAAUGACGGAGGACUGUACCAGUGUGUGGCCAGCAACGAGGCCGCCACUAUCACAUCAGAGACUGAGCUGAUGGUGGAGAACUCUGUGCCUCGGGCUCCUCACAACCUCACUGCUGAGAGCACACUGACCAGCAUCACAGUGCGUUGGCUACCAGGAGGCUCCCGGGCCAGCGGAGACUUUAGUAUCUGGUAUCGACCCACGGAUAUGUCUGAAUGGCGCACCAUGAGAAUCCAGUCCCGCGGCAGCUCCGAGGCUACGGUGGGCAACCUACUCCCAGGCCGAGAGUACGAGCUGAUGGUGCUCAGCCAGGACUCACAGGGUGACGGCAUGUUCAGCAAGGCUUUGCGAGCCAGAACAAAGACACCCCCACCUGGGUAUACCCAAGAGAACCCUGCGAGUCCUCAGCCCUGGCAUACUCCAACUGGAGCUUCCAUAGAUCCAUUUCAGCAGAUAUCUCGACCAUUGAAUGUGCGAGUAGAGCUGUCUGCAGAGGGUUACCUGGUGGAAUGGGACCCACCCACAUUAGGAGUGGACAUCUUGGACCAUUAUGUCGUAAGGUGGUUCCGGCACGGCCAUGAGCAGCUGGCAGAGACCAUGGAAACCAAUGCCAACUCUGUCUCUAUUCCCAAUUUGGAGGAGCAGUCGACAUAUAUCUUCACGGUUACCGCAGUGACGAACAACAAGUACAUGUCGGAGAGUGACCGGCUGACGCUACAGGUGCCAGCUAACGGACGCACACGUGUCGCUACCCUCGCCACCGCCAUGGGCGUGGGACUGCUGCUGGCAGCACUGGCAACCGUGUGGUACGUGCGGCGGUGGUAUCGAAACAAUCAGCUCAAGGGCACCCACAUCAGUUCCUCAUGAACAUCUACUGGACAUGUAUAUAUCGUGUAUUUAUUGUUUCAUACUGUGAAGACUGAAAGGUCUCUCUGGAAAUAAAGACCACAUUACCCAAGUGGCAUCAUGUGAAUCCGCAUAUUACAAUUUUAAUUAACAUGAAUGAAGGCUGUUGUCUCAUGGAAAGUGAAUUGAACGGUCCAGUCAGAGACCAGUUUCAAGCCUAAUCAGGUUUUUGCACAAACUGUCAACAUUUGGAAACAAAAACGCCACCAAUCAUUUUAAUAAAUAUUUUACUUCUACAGAUAACCGAAUGAAAUUAAACUCAAUUUUUCAGUUUUUUCAACUAAAUAUACAAUUUUUUAAAUAAAAAACAUGAUUAUUUCCUGACAUAAUUUCUCAUAAAGCAUGUAAUCUAAAGUUUAUGUAUAAUUAAUAUACUUUGUAUUAAUAUAAAGUCAGAGAUUUUUAAAUCAAUUUGACAUUUAACUAAAAUACAGUACGGUUAAAAAAAUUAAAGAACAGAAAAGAAAUGAACGGAAUUGAAUUUCAGUUCUCAAGUAGCUAGUAAAAGUGAUCUAGUACAAAGAGUGUGAUCCUAUGUUUAAAAUACAGUCCAAUCUUGAUAAUCCGACAGAUAUGGGACCAGCACACUGUCGGAUUACCAAUGUUGCCAUUUACACAAUUCAUAAAUAACCUAUAAUCAGUAAGAAACGUAAAAUAAGCAAACACAAUACUGUAAGAACAAACUGUUUUAUUGUACAUACAUAAUAAUUAUGUAUGUACAAUAAUUAUUAUAGUAUAAUGAACAAACUGUGCAUACAUAAUAUAUUAGUGAAAACUCUUAAAAUACCAUCUUUACACUUUAAAAAAUCAAACACAGAUUUUUGCUUCUUUUUACUUAAAGAUUCUGCUCGUACACUUGUACAGUACUACAGUGGCCUGAGCGGCCAGCGCCGAUUGCCGAUAGCCUUUUUCGAGCGUGUCGGACUGGCAAAUGUCGGAUUAUCAAGAUUGGACUGUAGUUGCCUGUAGAAUGCUCUGAGGUGUCUCUUCACUAAACCAUACGCUGGCAACACAAGCAUUUAUAAUUAAAUUCUUCCUCAUUCCACGACUAAAAUCAGAAUUUUGUUCUCACUAAUCAAGAAAGAACAUAAACAUUUUCAUUAACAAAAUAUGGCAAUUUUAUAUUUUAAUAUUAAUUUAACAUCAAAUUGAUAUUGUGUGCUCUAUGGGUUUACCUACUUAACCAUAUGAGCUGUAAUAGUAGAUGUAACUUAUUUCAAGUAAUUUAUUAUCCUACAGUUGAUUGAUUUAUUAUGUUGUAAUUACCUCAAGUUGUACACUUGUAUUUCUCCUUGUGCUAUAAACAAAGCACCUGUAAUAUGUAUAUUUGACCAGUAAUAGAAAUGAAUUACCACUGUGAAAUCAUGUUAUUCACAAACCCUGUAACUCUGUAAUUAUACUUUAACAGGUACAUUCAACUAAAUGAAUAUUCAGUUUAAUAAGUCUAAUUAACCCGUUGACAAGUGCAAACUGCUUUAAAUAAAACCAACAAUAUGCUUAGGUCUAAGACGUUGGACUUUGGGUCUCAGUUGAGAUAGCGCAGGUUCAAAUCCUGUCUGUGACUGAAGCACUUUCUAUCAGUACCGUGGAUCUUGUACUGUAUCCGACACUCCCCUUUGUUUUGUUUCAUAAGAUCCUCACAGAGGCCCGUGGCUCAUGAGGACAGAUGGAAUAAGACUAAGAAAAGUGAUCGGCCUCUCCUUUAAAAAAAACUUUUAAAUUGUGUAAUAGGUCUAUUUGACCAGAAGGAAAUCAAACCUUAAUGCUUAAAAUAGAUCUAAACAUUACAAUAUUUCCCACUACCAUAAAAUAAAGAUCUAGAAUAUGCAAACUGACACAAUUGAGAUAACCAAAUAAUUUCCAUAACACUCUGUUAGAUAUCUGUACAUGUGAGUAAGAACAUUAAUUAAAAGCACUAGCACAAGGAAAAUGUAAGCUACCUCAUAUGAGGCCAAAGAGCUAAUUCUUUUCACAUUUUGCUAUCCUUUGGCACAUUUGUCUCCGGGUUAAAAUCUGAAAUGUAAAUUUGCACUUUGUGAUUUUUUGACAACUCUGUUUGUUAACUAUAGUCCCCAUGCAAAUGUGAAGCUUUUGGAAAAAAGAGAGUAAAGCUAUAGGGAAGUAACGAUUAUUAUUUAUAAAAAAUAAAGGUGUUUAACAUUGUUAAAAUAUACUUUUCAAAUAUAGAUGCCACGUUUUUACUACUUAUUUUUAUUAUUUUGUAUAUACACAUACAAUAUUAUAUUUCCUUUAAUAAAACUUAGUAAUAUAAACAACUUGCACCAGUUUUUCGAGGUCAUUAAGUUUCUAUUCUCUCAAUAAAGAAUUUUAUAAUAAAUAACCAUGUAAAAUGAAGAUGAGCUAAACACGGCACACAGCAAUGGUGGAUGUUAGCACAUCGCAGAAGGUCAAUCGUGUAUGUACGUAUUUCUAGGAUAUCAAAAGAGGUUUGAUCAAAAGUUCUUUAGGUUUUCAAAUCAAUCGGUUUUCAGGGUUCUAGAAAUGUAUUGUUUACCAUCUUUCUUGUAUUCAGCGUUAAGAUAAUUUAGGUACCGUAGUUUUAAUUUAUUUAAAAUAUUUUUAACAUUUAAUUUUACAUGAAAUAGUUUAAUUUCACUUAGUUUUUAAGUAAUCAUCUGUUUAAUGUAAUUUAUACAAUUUUAAUAAAGUGUGGUAUUUUUG